UGUGGAAUCUCGCGAGGGUAGCUUCGGGAGUCCCCACUGCAGCUGUGGGGCGCGGGUCUCUGCCGCGGGGACUGACUGGGCGUUUCCGUUGCCGGCGUCUCGCCGCAGGAGCUGUAUAUUGAGGACGAUGUCUGGAAGCUUCUACUUUGUCAUUGUUGGUCACCAUGACAAUCCAGUUUUUGAAAUGGAGUUUUUGCCAGCCGGAAAAGCAGAAUCCAAAGACGAUCACCGCCACCUGAACCAGUUCAUAGCACACGCUGCUCUCGACCUGGUGGACGAGAACAUGUGGCUGUCAAACAACAUGUACUUGAAGACUGUGGACAAGUUCAAUGAGUGGUUUGUCUCGGCAUUUGUAACUGCGGGUCAUAUGAGAUUUAUCAUGCUGCAUGACGUAAGGCAAGAAGACGGAAUAAAGAACUUCUUUACUGAUGUCUAUGAUUUAUACAUAAAGUUUGCAAUGAAUCCAUUUUAUGAACCCAAUUCUCCUAUUCGAUCAAGCGCAUUUGACAGAAAAGUUCAGUUUCUUGGGAAGAAACACCUUUUAAGCUGAAUGCAGAAAAUUCAGAAAUAAACAAUGUCACUACAAGGGGUAUACUCAAAAACGUGUACAUUGUAAGUAACUUGAUUAAAUAGCAUGGAAAAGUUUUUCUUGUAGCCUUGAUUUAUCUACACCUAAUGAAAUUGCUUUUAUAUUUAAAAAUAGUACAUUCAGUUUCUUACGGUUAUCAACAGGUUGAUAUGUGCUUGUGGACAGUGUUAUUUAUAAAGAGCUCUUUGCUGAUAAUCUUGAAAAUAUUUUUAUUUUAAAAACUGAGAAUAAGCUUUUGCCUUUCCUCAUUCAGAUAGUUUGAUAUUGGUGUAACAACCCAGAAGCAGAUGUCAUGGUAAAGAUUUGGUAGGCAGAUUGAAAGCUAAAAAGCUUCUAAGCAGUAGGGAAUGAAGUUGCCAGCACAGAGAUGGGCUGAUCUAUACAUCUAGAGAUGUCAGGAAAACGUACAGGCAGUGUACAGGGCACUACCCAACAAGCCAGAGCUCACAGCUCUGGCCGGGCCAAAUGCCACACGCCUGCCCGGUGAGACUGGGAACAGUGAUGCUGCUGUAACCUAGAAUCCUGGAUCCGUGUUGGCAAACUGGAAGGCUAGGACCAAAGUGACAGUUUAUGUCCUUAUGUUUCCUUUCCCUCAGACGGUAACACUGAAGAGCAAGGGAACCUGUUGACCCCUGUAGUAAAAAGUUGUAAGGCAGUUUUGGAGCUGGAAACAGACAAGCUUGUGUUCCAUCAGCACGUGCACUCCUGGCCAUUUCGGCUGUGUACAGGAGUGGGCGGGAGUGGUCGCUGUGCGGUGACAGCGUGGGAUCUUACUGUAACCAGUAAACGUCCACUGAAAAUCAAGUCAUAUUCGGGUUUUUUCUGUGCUAGUUGUGAGCACUUGAAGAAUUCUGUUCCAUUCUGAGUAACCUGAGCAAGUAAUUCUAAGUUUGGCCUUGUAUUCUUGUGUUAAGUUGCUACCGUAAUUUUUUAUCCUAUUUAUUUGAUUUCCUAAAUAAAGAUGUUUGUCCAA